GUCGCUAAGGUAAGCAAACAGGUGCGCGUUCUGUUGAUGCAGACAAUGUCACUUUAAAAGAUUUACCACAAAAUGUCUGAGAAAGGAUCAAGAACAGGAACCCCUAAGGGGUCACUUAAAGGCUCAAAGGCAGGAACACCUAAAAGUUCAAAAGCUAACACACCUAAAGGAUCAAAGAGUAACACACCAUUGCCUGAUGGUGGUGCAACAUCUGAACAAGAACAAGAUACAGUUGCUGUCAAUGGUACAGCUGAGGAUGCCCCAGUGGUGGAAAAUGGUGAAGUUGAAGAGACUGAUGGUGCAGAGGUUAAACCAGUAGAUGAGGGUGAAGCAGAACCUGAGGAGUUCAAACCAAGUGUGAUUGAUAUGAUAAAGAACAGGGCAUCUGUAGCUAAUCUGAAUCAAGAAGAAUGGACAGCUGCACAUGAAGAGGUUAUCAAGAAGUUCAUAGAGGAUCCAACAUUUAAGUUGGUUGUUGCAUACCAUGAUCAGUACAAGGGAUUUGUUGUGGACCAAAUUGUACCACCCCACCCUCCAGAUCAGGUGUCUUACUUUAUCAAACAAGAAAAUACUGAGGAGAUUACUGCAGAAAACUUUUUAAAGGUUGUGCAAUAUGGAUCAGUAAAAGGAAUGCAUAUAGAGAGUUUGUUAAGAGUGAUGAUGGGUAUUUAUGCCCCAAUAUUCUUUGAAAACACCUCAUGGCCUGACAGUAUCAAGAAUGAUUUCUCUGCACAACUGCACAAGUUUCUUGCAACUCUGACAGACACACGAUGGAAAUUGGAAGGAAAGACUGUACUUUAUAUUCCAACAGAGGGAACAAAGAUACCAACGGAUGAGGCGGCUAAAAAUAAAGAACUAGUGCAACGACUUGAAACUGCCAUGAUUCACUGGGCAAGACAAAUCAAGGAGGUAUUAAAUACCCAGGAUGCAUUUGAGAUGGCAGAAACCUCCGGACCUUUAGAUGAGAUAGAGUUUUGGAAAAACCGGUGUCAGGAUUUGUCCGGAAUUAGCAUGCAGCUGGAUAAACCUGGUGUGAAGAAAAUUGAACAGAUCUUAGAAACAGCAAAAUCAUCAUAUGUAGCCCCAUUCAGAAAACUUUCCAGUCAGAUAAAGGAGGGUUCAAGACAAGCCGAGAGCAACCUGAAGUUUUUAAUGGUUUUGAAGGACCCAUGUUAUGAACUGUCUGAUGCCAAGCCAUCACAGAUACCAGCAAUGAUCCCAAAAAUCCUCAACCUUAUCAGAAUGAUCUGGGUGAAUUCUGAGUUCUACAAGACUAGAGAGAGAUUGACAGGAAUUUUAAAGAAGUUAAGCAAUGAAAUUAUCAGAAGAUGUUGUAGUGAGAUCAAUCUGGAGAAGAUAUUUGAUGGAUAUGUACAGAGUGGCAUCAAAUCCCUUAAUGAAUGUAUCGACUGCUGUGAACAGUGGAAGGAAAUUUAUAACAAGACCUCCAAACUGCAUCACAAGUUUUCUCCUGUUGGCUGGGUACUUGAUAAGAGCAGUAUUUUUGCCCAGAUUGAUGCUUUUGUUCAGAGAUGUAAAGAUCUGGGAGAGGUCUGUCAAGCCCAGAUACAUUUUGCCCGUCGUGAGGAAGGGGAUAAAACAGAGAUGCCACAUUUUGCGGGACAGAAGGGUCCAGAGAUAAUGAGAGGUCUUACAGAGAUUGAAAACACUUUUGAGAAAAAUCUAAACAUGUUGAGAAAUGUGAAGAAGACUAUUCUGGAUGUGAAGGCUACGUCUUGGCAUGAUGACUAUAAUAGGUUUCGAGCUGGGAUCAAGGAUCUUGAAGUGAUGAUGCAGAACGUAAUCACGUCAGCAUUUGAAACUGUAACAACAGUAGAGGGAGGUGUUGAGUUACUUGAUAUAUUCAUGCAUCUGUCCGGCAGAGAGGCAAUCAAGAGAACAAUAGAUAAGAAAACAGUAGAUGUAUAUUCAAUGUUUAAUGAGGAGUUGAACGCAGUCAAGAAAGAGUUGACAGCAAAAACUAUCCCGCAAUCCUCAUCUCAUCCUAAAUUUGCCGGUCAGGCUCUCUGGGCACGUCAACUGAAAAGACGUAUCGAACGUAGCAUGAUGGCUCUAGAUCGAGCAUUUUUCUUGCCUGUAAUUGGAUCAGGGAAGGAAGUGAUGACUCAGUAUCAACAGUUGUGUAUGGCCCUGGACGAGUACAUUAGGAAGACCUUCCAUGAAUGGACGCUCACCAUCGACAAGGAACCUAUGAAGCAACUAGAGGUACCAUUGAUGUGUAGAAGUACAGAGAGACCACCCAUGCUGGACAUCAACUUCAACAGGGACUUGUUGAAGAUGUUUCAGGAGAUACACUACUGGGAGAGGUUGAUGUUUGAGACACCCCACUAUGCUGUAGAUGUUUAUAACAAGAGAGAAGAUCUGAGAGGGCUCAGGGAACAUGUUAUGUUGGUUGUUAGAGAUUACAAUAGAAUCAUAGCAGCUCUAUCUCCAGAGGGAGAGAUUUUGUUUAGAGAGAGAAUCAGAUUCCUAGACAAGAAGAUACAUCCAGGUCUCACAACGUUGACAUGGGCGUCUAAGGGUAUCUCAGACUUCUUUGUCUCCGAUUGUCGCCUGCAUUCUAGUAAGAUACAGGGCAUUGUUGAUGAUUAUAAGGGUGCUAACAUGGAGAUCUCUACAAAGUGUGUUAAUAUAAGUGAAAUGUUGCUAGUGAAGAUAGACAGUCGUAAAGUAUAUGAGAAUAUGGAGUUUGAUGAAUCUCAGGCCAGUCAUAGAUCUAUUGUACAGAAGAGGUUAAAACAAUAUCAUGAUGAGAUUAUAUCUACUAUGAGGAGAACGUAUGAAGUGUUUAAAAGCGAUGGUGCUGAGGUACAGUCGCACUGGCAUCGUUAUACUGAGAAGAUGGACAAAAUGGUGGAGGAAGCUUUUAGGCUGAAUGUGAAAUGGUCACUACAAGAACUGUCUAAAGCUGUCAAUGGUGAUGGAAAGUCUGCUCCUAACCCACUCUUCAGGGUUAAAGUGUGCCUUGAAGGAGAUAAGGUUGAAUUUGCUCCAACAUUGAAACAGUUGGCUACAAUAGUAGGAAGUAUAGGAUCUCAUUUGACAAAUUCCAUCUCGGAUAUACCCAGACUUCCUACAGUUCUGACAAAAAAGAAAUCUACCAGAGAUCCGGUACAUCAAGUGAUAGCUAGAGAUGAGGAGACAAAGAAGAUACAAACAGUAAUUAGUGCUGGUAUGCAGAGUAAUGCCCAGAACUUACAAAAUUACCUCAGUACUUGGGACAACUACAGAGAAAUCUGGGAGAUCCACAAAGAUGCCUUCAUCCGUAGAUACCAGAGGUUGAAUCCCCAGGUCUCAUCUUUUGAUGCUGACAUUGCAAGAUACACUGAGGUGGCCAACAAUGUACAGACACAGGAGACUAUCUUGAACAUCCAGUUUGUCUUGCUAGAUUUGCUCUCCCCUGAAAUACUCAAUUCUCUCCCAUUGUACAGAAUGGCAGAACAAGUUUACCACACUUCUAAGUGAGAUUGCCACUGGCAGGUUGAAGGAGCUGAAUGAAUUCUUGAAGGUUAAUGCUGAAAAUGUAAGCAAGCCACCACAAACCCUUGAUGAGCUAGGUACCAGUCUUGAACUAUGGGGACUCACUCAAUAGUGGUCUA